AUGACGGCAAUAGGGCGAUCGAGGGCCAAAAAGACCGCAUACAUUGCUCUUGGUCUGAUUGCACUGGCUGCUGUGUCGUGCGCUACAUCACCUCAGGACCAUGCAGUUGCGGAACAUAGACAACAGUACGAAGUCGUAGACCAAACAUCGGAAGCCUCUAGGGCGUACAAACAGGCACUCUCGACACUAGCCACCCUUACAGCGCUUCCGCCGUCGCAAUCGGAAGAGCCAUCGCCAUGGCAUACAGCAAAUGGCAACAGCUUCCAGCUCUCGUCCUUCGUACCGAGUAUGCAAGGUCAUGGCCCAAUCGCAAGUGCGAUGCGGAUAGCCGUCAAGCUUCUCCAUCAUUCCUGGCUGCCUUCCUCUCUUACCGGGUUUGUCAAGGACGAACUGACAGGUGGCCGUAGAAAGGAUGACGAGCUGCACGGCAAGGCAGUCAAGGUUAUCGACUUGCUGCAACAUGCGGCCGAGCUCGGCAACAUGGAUGCACUGUACACACUGGGAGAGGUGUCUUUAUUCCCGCCGAACAGCUACUUCCCUUCGGAUCCGGAGACGGCCUUCAGCGCGUUUGCUACACAUGCCUCGCGCACCGGUAACGCGUCCUCGCAAGCGGUGCUUGGCUUCUUCCAAUCGACAGGUUAUCAUGAGGUGGUUUCCGUAGAUCAGGCGAAGGCACAGCUGUACUUGACAUUUGCUGCCCACGGUGGCCACAAAGGCGCGCAAAUGGCGCUGGGGUACAGGUACUGGUCAGGGAUAGGUGUUGCAGAGGGAUGUAUGGAUGCUUUGGACUGGUACGAAGAGGCCGCUGAGCAGGCGAUGGCGAAGUUCAUGUCAGGGCCUCCAGGAGGAAGAACGCUGCCACUAGCCGCUCCGCGGCUGUCUGAUCUUGUCGGUGGCAUAUACGGACCCGGCGCAAGCGUGGCCUCGACAGGCCUCAAUGCAGCCCGUCCUGUGAUCAAGACGGCGAAUGCGCGAGCAGCAGGAGAGACGUGGGAGGACCUGCUGGAAUACUAUCUGUUCAAUGCCGACCGCGGAGAGGUUGACUUUGCAUACAGGCUGGGCAAAAUCUCUUAUCAGGGCAGUAUCUACACCCUGCCUGGCGGCAUCGCGUCCGGAGGCGAUGGCGCAAGCAUUGUUCCGAGGGAUUUUGCUCGUGCGCGGUACUACUUCCUGCGCAUUGCCCGUGCGGUGUGGCCGCGCGAUCCCUCCAGCCCAGGCCAACCGCAGCCUCCCACAAAGGAAGAACAUUCUACGCAGGCUGGAUACGCCGCGCUCGCUGCGGGGUAUUUGGGGCGCAUGUAUCUCCGUGGCGAGGGUGUUAAGCAGGAUUUCGCUAUGGCGAAGAUGUGGUUUGAUCGCGGCGCAGAGUUCGGAGAAAAGGAGAGUCAUAAUGGCCUGGGCAUCAUCUGGAGAGAUGGACUGGUUGACGGACGGAAGGACUUGAAGAAGGCCAUUACGCAUUUCGGUGCUGCUGCCAGCCAGGAAUUGGCAGAGGCUCAGGUGAACCUGGGGAAGAUUCAUUAUGAGCGUGGCGAUUUGAAGCUUGCCGCAACGUAUUUCGAGACGGCUGUGAGACAGGGCUCACCAUUUGAAGCAUAUUAUUACUUGGCAGACAUCCAAAGCAGGCAGGCGAGGAGCUCGAUAACUCCUCCGAAUAUUGCUGGCAGCUCAUGUGCGAUCGCCGUGUCUUUCUACAAGCUGGUUGCGGAGCGUGGCGUCUGGGACGAAGACCUUAUGAGGGACGCAGAGGUUGCCUGGAACACGGGUACGGAGAGAGGUAGUGAGAUGGCAAUGCUCCGCUGGUGGAUUGCUGCUGAACGAGGAGUCGAAGUGGCGCAAAACAAUCUUGCAUUCGUGCUUGAUCAAGACAAGAGCAUACUGCGCUUUACCCGAUUUGCUCCCCAUUCACCAUCCAACGACACUGCCCGGCUAGCAUUGACCCAGUGGAUACGUUCUGCCGCUCAGAGAAAUGUUGACGCAUUGGUCAAAGUGGGAGACUACUACUACCAUGGUCUGGGCGUCCUUGACGAGCCAGAGGAAGCACGGUGGGAGAAGGCGGCAGGCUAUUAUCAAUCUGCGGCGGAUACUCAGAUGAGCGCUCUGGCGAUGUGGAACCUGGGGUGGAUGUAUGAGAAUGGUGUCGGAGUCCCUCAGGACUUCCAUCUCGCAAAGCGGCAUUAUGAUCUCGCUUACGAGACAAACAGCGAGUCGUACUUGCCCGUGCUGAUGUCUCUCGUGAAGCUGCAUUUGCGCAGCAUCUGGCACACGCUGAUGGGCGGCACGGGUGGCCUAAGCAUCUGGGGAGACGACGAUGCUGAUACUAUCCCGACACGACAGUCUUCUGCCGACAGGCAAGAAAUUGAAGACGGUCGCUCGGAAAAGGUGGAUAACGUAGAAAACCGCGAAGAAUUAGAUGAGUAUGACGACGGCCCGUGGUACCUGGGUAAGGCCAGAGACGAGUUCAAUCGGCGUCGAAGAGGCCAGGACUUAUCUCAAUUGAGCCGCGACGAAGACGAUCCCGUCCAGUGGGCCCGCCAGCGGAGACAGGCCGAGAACGACCGCGACGGGGACUUCGGUCCUGAAGAUUACUUCGAUGCCGCCACGCGUGGACAAAAUCGCGGCGAUGAGGACGUGGAUGAAUUCCUCGAAACCAUGCUGCUCGUUGUCAUUUGUCUCGUUGUGUCUAUCCUGCUCUACCUACGUUCUCGAUGGGUGGAGCGCUUGCGCAGAGAGGAGCAGGAACGGCUGCAGCGACAGGCAGCAGGUCCGAGAGCGCCUGGUCCGAACGCCGAUCCGGUCCCACCAGGUGAUGAGCGGCCUCAAAUGGAGGACUGGGAGUUGGCGUUGUUGCGAUGAAGUUUCCACACGUCGUUUUGUUCAUUUGUUUCGUAGCUACCUGGGGUUUGUUUGUACUAUAUAUCCACAAAUACCCGCCCGAGUGGGCCUCAGCAC